GACCCGGGCGAAGCCUCGACUUCCGGCGGCAUUUUGAGGCCACUCUCUCCGCGGCCGGACAGUGUUUUUGUGGCCUCGUCCCGCUCCCUAGGCUGUCCUCGUUGUUUUUCUGUCCUCAUCCCAGCCUCGUUUGAUCCUGGCGAAGCGGCUGGCGAGUUUCGCUGCUCAGCCGCCCCCGGGGCCCCUCGCCGGCCGAGGGCCGGUUCUAGGGAGCCGCGCGCGCACCUCCUCCGUGGCGUCGUCCUCCCGGGGCCAGGCGCGGGGACUGAGAGGCGUCUCCCCGGCUCCUCGGUGCGGUGGCGGCGGUGACAGCUCGGGACUGUGCUUGCGGAGGGAGCUCGGGGAGGAGUAGUACAAAAUGUCAAAAAUUAGAAGAAAAGUCACAGUGGAAAACACGAAGACCAUAUCCGAAAGCACGUCCCGAAGACCCAGCGUGUUUGAGAGGCUGGGGCCCAGCACGGGGAGCGCGGCCGAGACACAGUGCCGUAACUGGUUGAAGACUGGCAACUGCCUCUAUGGAAACACGUGCAGAUUCGUACAUGGCCUUUCACCUCGGGGUAAAGGUUAUAGCAGCAAUUACAGAAGGUCCCCAGAAAGACCCACAGGGGACCUGAGAGAAAGAAUGAAGAACAAGCGCCAGGAUGUGGACUCCGAGCCCCAGAAGCGCAACGCGGAGGAGUCCUCCUCCCCUGUCCGGAAAGAAUCUUCAAGGGGGAGACAUAGGGAAAAGGAAGACAUAAAAAUCACCAAGGAGAGAACUCCAGAGAGUGAGGAGGAAAAUGUAGAAUGGGAAACGAAUAGAGAUGAUUCUGACAAUGGAGAUAUUAAUUAUGAUUAUGUUCAUGAGUUGUCAUUGGAAAUGAAGCGUCAGAAGAUACAGAGGGAAUUAAUGAAGCUGGAACAAGAAAACAUGGAGAAGAGAGAAGAAAUUAUUAUUAAAAAGGAGGUCUCACCAGAAGUGGUUAGAUCCAAGUUAUCUCCAUCGCCUUCUCUGAGGAAGUCUAGCAAAUCUCCAAAGCGAAAGUCGAGCCCUAAAUCGUCCUCUUCCUCCAGCAAGAAGGACAAGAAGGCAGCCGCAGUGUCCUCCCCGCUGCCGGACCCGCAGAGGAAUUCGAAAAGCAACCAAAGUAAGAAAAAAGGACCUCGCACUCCUAGUCCACCACCUCCUGUGCAGGAAGAUAUUGCUCUGGGGAAAAAAUAUAAAGAAAAGUAUAAAGUAAAAGACAGGAUAGAAGAAAAACCAAGAGAUGGAAAGGACAGAGGGCGGGAUUUUGAAAGACAAAGGGAAAAAAGAGACAAGCCCAGGUCGGCCUCCCCCUCAGGACAGCACCGCUCGCCCGUGUCCUCGCGGCACCACUCGUCCUCCUCCCAGUCCGGCUCCUCCGUGCAGAGACACUCACUCUCCCCGCGGCGCAAGCGGACCCCCUCGCCGGCCUACCCGCGGGCGCUGAGCCCGCCCCUGCGGCGCUCCGCCUCGCCCUACACGGCUUCGCGCUCCCUGUCCUCCCCGCCGAGGAAGCCGAGCCCCGCGCGCCACCGCUCGCCUGCCCGCGAGAAGGGCAGGCACGAGCACGAGCGGGCCUCGCAGCCCCACGACCGGCGCCAUGAGCGGAGGGAGGAGACUAGAGGCAAAAGGGACAGAGAAAAGGACACGCGAGAAGAGCGGGAGUACGAGCAGGACCAGGGCCCCUCCAGAGACCACAGAGAAGACAGGGAGCUCCGGGAGGCUCGGGAGCGGAGGGACCCCAGGGACGCCCGGGAGCGGAGGGACCCGAGGGACUCCAGGGAGACGAGAGACUAUGGCCGGGAGACCAAGGAGAGCCGCGACCCCAGAGAUUCGCGCUCCGCUCGGGACGCCCACGACUACAGGGACCGGGAGAGCCGGGACGCGCACCGGAAGGAGGAGGCGUAUCAGGAGGAGUCCCGGAGCUACGGCAGAAACCACCCGAGGGAAGAAGGUUCCCGGACGGAGCUGCGGAGCGAUUCCCGAAGUGAGUCUCGGAGCGAGCUGAGGACCGACCGCAUGGGCAGAAGUCGGGGGAGAGGCCCCGAGGUGCCAGAGAAGGGAAGCCGUGGCACAAGAGCUUCUCAAGUGGACGGUCACAGCAGUAGCAGCAACUACCAUGAGAGCUGGGAGACGCGAAGCGGCUACCCUGAAAGAGACAGGUACCCCGAGAGAGACGCCCGAGACCCGCCGAGGGACUCCUCCUUCGAGAGAAGACACGGGGAGAGGGACCGCCGAGACAACAGAGAGAGAGCUCCUAUGUUCUACACCUCCUGCUGCCCCUAUCCUUUGCCACCAGUGUUCUCAGGUCCUGCUGGGGGGACAGAGAAGAUCAGAGAUCAAAGACCAAGCUCACCAAUUCGACAUCAGGGAAGGAAUGACGAGCUUGAGCGUGAUGAAAGAAGAGAGGAACGAAGAGUAGACAGAGUGGACGAUAGGAGAGAUGAAAGGGCGAGAGAAAGAGACCGGGAGCGGGAGCGGGACAGGGAGCGGGACCGGGAGCGGGAGCGGGAGCGGGACCGGGAAAGAGAGAAGGAGAGAGAGCUGGAAAGGGAGCGGGCUAGGGAGCGGGAGCGGGACAGGGAGAGAGAGAAGGAGAGAGACAGGGAGCGCGAGCGCGAGCGCGACCAUGACCGCGAGAGGGAGCGGGAGAGGGAGCGCGAGCGGGAGAAGGAGCGGGAGCGCGAGAGAGAGGAGCGGGAGCGGGAGCGAGAGCGGGAGCGGGAGCGGGAGCGGGAGAGGGCCAGAGAGAGGGAGAAAGAACGAGAGCGCCAGAGGGACUGGGAAGACAAAGACAAGGGACGGGAGGACCGCAGAGACAAGCGAGAAGAUCUCCGCGAGGACAGGAGUCUGCGCGAGGGCCACGAGGAGAGGAAGUCGAAGAAGCGCUACCGAAACGAAGGGAGUCCCAGCCCCCGUCAGUCGCCGAAGCGCCGACGAGAACAUUCUCCCGACAGCGACACCUACAACAGCGGGGAUGACAAAAAUGAACGACACAGACUCUUGAGCCAGGUCGUGCGACCUCAAGAGUCUCACUCUCUCAGCCCGUCGCACUUCCCAGAAGACAGGCAGGGUCGGUGGAGAGAGGAAGAGCGUAAACCGGAAAGGAAAGAGAGCUCAAGGCGCUACGAAGAGCAGGAGCUCAAGGAGAAAGCGUCUUCUGGAGAUAAGCAGCGGGAACAGGUAGAAAUGAUGGAGGGCUCCAGGACUCGGGUGCAAGACAUGACGGGACACCACCUGUGCGAAGACCGCGACGCGGCCGACGGAGCCCAUGAUGAAAACAAGAAGAAAGCAAAAAUUCAGAAGAAACCUAUUAAAAAAAAGAGAGAGGAUGACGCUGGACUGGAGAGGGGUGACGCAGGGACAGUGUCUGAGGACGGCCAGGCGUUUUCACCCAAGAAAGGGCAGAAGAAGAAAAGUGUGGAGAAAAAGCAUAAGAGAUCCAGAGGCGAGUCUGAUAUUUCCGAUGAAGAAGCAGCCCAGCCGAGUAAGAAGAAGAGAGGCCCCCGGACUCCCCCUCCAGCCACCAAGCAGGGACUGGUUGAACUCUCCAGCGAUAAGGACGGGACUCUGGAAGAUCUUCCGAGAAAAGAAGAUACAGCGUUUAGUGACUGGUCGGAUGAGGAUGUGCCUGACCGAGCCGAGGUGACGGAGGCAGAGCGAGCUGCCACAGCGGCUACCCCCGGCAGGACUCCCUCUCCGUCUUCCCUCCCUCCCCCGCCCCCUCCCGUGGCCGCAGCUGCUGCUGCGACUGCCCCCGCUGCCCUUGCUGCAGCCGCUACUCCUGCCAGCGCUGCCGCCGCCAGCGCUGCCGCCACCCCCGCCAGCACCGGUGAAGACUCACAUAGAAAAUGCCAUAAGACGCGGGCAGAAAGAGUGGAGGCGCCUCACGGGACUGCAGAAGAGGCAUCGCACCGCAAGCCAGUGGAUCAAAAGAGGAGCAGCAGCCUUGGGAGCAACCGGAGCAACCGCAGCCACACAUCUGGCCGGCUGCGCUCCCCGUCCAGCGAGUCUGCCCACCGGAGUGGAGACGACCAGAGUGGCCGAAAGCGAGUUCUGCACAGUGGCUCCAGGGACAGAGAAAAAACCAAGAGCUUGGAAGUCUCAGGGGAGAGAAAAUCCAGGAUUGACCAAUUAAAGCGGGGAGAACCCAGCCGGAGCACUUCUUCAGAUCGCCGGGAUUCAAGAAGCCAUAGUUCAAGAAGAAGUUCCCCUGAAUCGGACCGACAGGGUCAUUCCAGAUCCGGGUCCUUUGACAGCAGAGAUAGGCUUCCAGAGCGGGACCGGUAUGAGCAGGACAGAGAGCGGGAGCGGGAGAGGAGGGACGCCAGGCAGAGAGAGUGGGAGCGUGACGCCGACAAAGACUGGGCGCGGAGCCGGGACCGGGAGCGGCCGCGGGAGCGGGACAAACGGAGAGACCUGGACAGGGAGAGGGAGCGGCCUGUUUCUGAUUCUGUGGACAGGGACAGGGACAGGGACAGGGAGAGAGACAGGGACAGGGGUUUCGAGAGUUCUUCUCAAAUGGAGUUAGUGAAACGCAGUGAAGCCAAACUGGAGCCUGAGCACGAACGAGACCUGGAAGGCUCUUUCCGAGACUCCGUCGCCAUGGAGAGAGAGAGGCUGGACAGAGACCUGGCGUCCGUGCAGGGAUUCGAGGACACGAGCAAAGCGGAGAGAAGUGAGAGUGUGGAAGCAGGAGACGACGAAUCCAGGUUGGAUGACACACACUCGCUCGGCUCUGGCGCGGGGGAAGGGUACGAGCCCAUCAGCGAUGAUGAGCUCGAUGAGAUUCUGGCGGGCGACGCGGAGAAGAGGGAGGACCCGCAGGAGGAGGAGAGGAUGCCGGAUCCACUGGAUGUGAUAGAUGUGGACUGGUCCGGUCUUAUGCCGAAGCAUCCAAAAGAACCACGGGAACCCGGGGCUGCGCUCCUGAAAUUCACCCCUGGAGCGGUUAUGCUAAGAGUGGGGAUUUCUAAGAAGCUGGCAGGUUCUGAGCUCUUUACCAAAGUCAAAGAAACAUGUCAGAGACUUUUAGAAAAACCCAAAGAUGCAGACAGUCUUUUUGAACACGAAUUGGGGGCUCUCAACAUGGCUGCGUUACUACGAAAAGAAGAAAGAGCAAGUCUUCUCAGUGACCUUGGACCAUGUUGUAAAGCUUUAUGUUUCAGACGGGAUUCUGCCAUCCGAAAGCAGCUUGUUAAAAAUGAGAAGGGCACGGUGAAGCAGGCCUACGCGAGCGCGCCGGUGGUGGACAACGAGCUGCUGCGGCUGAGUCUGCGGCUCUUCCGGCGGGGGAGCGCCUGCCACGCCCCAGCGCCCGAGAAGGCGGAGGAUCAGAAGCUCUCACAGCCCGGCGAGCAGGAGCUGUGCGUGUCCUGAGGCCGAGGUUCCGGACACGUCCUGUCCUGUCUGCAGCGGCGCACAUUCUCCUUCAAAGUCCCUUGGUUUGCAGGAGCCUCCCUGGGGCGGCAGCAGAGAGCGCUCAUCAGCCGCGCUGAAGGAGAGAACAGCUUUGCUCCAAAGCUGAAAGACGGCAGUUUUGGCUACCUGAAGGUUUUGCCCAGUACUUAGUACUUGUGAGAAAUAAUGUGAAAGCUUCUAGAGUUCGUAGUUUAUUUUGUACAUUUUGUUAAAACUGAAGUUUGGGGAAACGGUUGUCACUACCCCUCUAGCCGACACAGAUUUUUCUGAAAAGGAGCCACUGACAUGUCUGGAUCAUCGCUGAAGAAGCUGUGGUUUGAUUCAGGAACCGCGUCCACAGGACACACGUGCACGUAGUGUGACCACACCACACAGAACCCCCCCGCCCCAGCCGGCGCUCGGGGCGGGUCGGGCGGGGGGGUUGGCGCGCUCGCAGGAGGGAGCCGGAGUGCUGCUUUCCCUGCUAAAGUUCUAAAAAAGUUACUUAAUGGGUCCGUGGUGGUUUUUUAAUACAUGUGCAUUGUUACAAUGAAUAUUGAAUGUAUUUGGAAUCUAAAUGGUUUUGUCUGUUAUCAGAGACUGUCUACUAUUUUUAUUUUUAAUAAAUAUACCUUCUUCCCUUUUCUUGUUCUAGAUUUACUUUGCUUUUCAGGAACUUUGUUCCUGGUGUUCUGAAACAUUUGCCAUCAACGUUAUAUGUUUCAUACCUCAAAUGUUUUACUGCUUAAGUCCUUAUUGGACAGCUGUUAAUAAUGUGCAGUUGAAGAUGUACUUCAGUUAUAGCUCAGUAAUAUUGAAACAAACCAAGAGUUAACAGAUCUGUGUAAUCUGAGCUUUCAAAUACGACCAUCAUAUUUUUCAGGGCCAUAACCUUUGAUUACAUUAAAUGGCCUCCAUCCUGUAAUGUGUAAAAUGACCUUUUAAAAAUUAGUGUAUCUGUCUUACGCUGUAUCUGAAUAACUCACGGAGUAGAUUCUUAGAAGUAUUUGAAAUCGACUUGGAGCUUCAGAAUUUGGGGGGAGACAAAUA